AUGUCGUUGGGUCUUUUCGGAAGAGUCAUCAUAAUGUCGCUCGGAACUUCUCUUAACGAAGGACACCAACGUCUUGUUAGAGGGGCGAAAGCGAAUCUCUUCACAACCUUGCUGGGGGCCUCUCAGUAUCAAGUUAUGUUCAGUGCCGCUUCAAAGGUGAGAAUUAGCGCAGCCCACAAAAUUGCAAACGCAGUUAUAAACAUUUUGCAGGGCCCGAUAGCGUUAGUAAAGUUCGUGUUUAUUAGGAGGGAAAAUUUGCGAGCUUUCCCCUACUGUCUCUUCCCUCGGCCGACCGCGCAACCACUGGAACUACAUAAAGGGAACGGUGGGGCACAAAGCUUCUCGGGCCCGCCAUCACGAUCUAAUUCACAUUCAAGUGGGGAUGUCGCUGGUGCUAGUCUCAACGUGAAUGAAUGUCUAUCCAGGGAAUUAACAGUCCACGAUAGUAUAGAACAACAGUCGAAGAACCAGAGUAAUGUGUAG